CCCCCCCCCCCCUCAAAAUGACCCUCUCAACGAACCGGGCCAUCCCCCUCCUCAACCACGCGCACGCCCACAAAUACGGCGUACCCGCAAUGUGCUGCUACAACGUGGAAGGAAUCCUCGCGACGGUCCGAGCGGCCGAAUCGCAACGCUCACCGGCCAUGAUCCUGCUCUUCCCGUGGGCAAUCCAAUACGCGAACGGCAUCCUGGUGCACGCGGCGGCCGAAGCCGCCCUGAACGCCUCCGUCCCGAUAACCGUGCACCUGGACCACGCCCAAACGCCCGACAUCGUCCGACAAGCGGCCAACAUAACGCCCGGCUUCGACAGCAUCAUGAUCGACAUGUCGCACUACGAAAAAGCCACCAACCUAUCCCUGACGCGCGAGCUCGUCGCCUACUGCAACGAGCGGGGCAUCGCGACGGAAGCCGAGCCGGGACGGAUCGAGGGCGGGGAAGACGGCGUGGCGGAUACGGCGGACCUCGAGGGCCUGCUGACGACCCCGGAGGAGAGCGAGGAGUUUGUCGCCACGGGGAUUGAUUGGUUGGCGCCCGCUUUUGGGAACGUGCAUGGGAGCUAUGGGCCCAGGGGCAUUCGGUUGGAGUAUGAUCGGUUGAGGGCUGUGAGGGAUCGGGUCGGCGAUCGGGUCAGGUUGGUGCUGCAUGGGGCGGAUCCGUUCGAUGAGGAGAUUUUUAAGGCGUGUAUUGAGGCCGGGGUGAGUAAGGUCAAUAUUAAUAAGGUGUUGAAUGGUGAGUGGGUAAGGGUUUUGGGGGACGGGGUGGCUCGGGGUUGGGGCGUGACGAGGUUGAUUGAGGAGGCGACGGAUAAGAUGCAGGCCGCGGUGGAGAGGUGUAUGGUUAUGUUGGGGUCCAGUGGGAGGGCGGAUUGAGCUGGGAGGUCGUGGGGAUGGAUUCUGUGGUCGGUGGUGGGGGUGGUUGUUCUUUCUGUCCUGUCCGUGAUAUCAGUUGGUUGGGAUUGCGAGUGCAUGUGAGAAGCCUGAGAGAACAGAACAAGGGGUUCGGUGUCAGCCUAGGUAGAAUAAGACUGGGGCGGCAAUAUUCUUCCAGGUCGGAUACAAUCGUUGGUGGCCUGCUAAGAAAACUUCUAAACGUUACUGGUUUAGCUCAAACAUAUAUAUAUACCCAAUAGAU